UCAAACUCUCGUUUUCGUACACGUGAUUUUUAUUGUAAGUAACCUUUGUUUCCUUUGUUAUGUCGAUUUCGUUGUCCGCCGGAAAAUUAGGCACCGCGAGGACGCUGAUAGAACUGGAAGUUUAACUUAUCAUUACGGAUUGACAGCUCGCAGAAGAUUUGGCAAUGUCGUUAUCACGAAGAAUCGAGGAGAUUCUUAAGGGUGGCGAAUGCAACACGAUUACCGGCAAGAAAAAAUGUGCUACCGACAUUAUGGAGGUAAUUGAAAAUGAUGAGGCCGUGCGAGAAAUAAACGAGAAUACAAGGAAUAAUGUUUCCAGCACGGCUAAUUGGAAUUACAUUGUUGAUGCCAUUCACAGGAUAAUCAUAAAAGGGGCUGAUAAGACAGCGAAAAAAAGUACCAUUCACAGAGAUAUGUACAGAGUGGAUAUUUGCAGUGCCAUGUUAAAUGCGGUUCGAAGAGCAAACAGUUCUUCCGCAGCCCUUUUAAAACGUUCAGCCAUUACAACAUUGGUUCUUGAAAUUUUCGGAAAUAAGACGUACGAAGCUUACCACGAUACCUAUUUGACCAUUUUGGUCAUGCACAUAUUACCAGUUAGAUUGUAUUGGCCACAAAUGUCGAUAGAGUUGUGGAGAGAGAUACUAAAGAUUUGUGUCGACUUGUACAAUAAUCCGUCUUCUAACAUGUCUAAAAGUCUUGCGCUGGAUGGUGUACAAAGAGCUGCGCAGUAUGGUUGUUUGCAGUCACACUUGCUUGUACACGUUAAAAGACUUCUGUCAUUUUUAGUUAAAGUGUUCGCCGAUAUAAAAACGGACAAGAAAGUACUCCUAACAUCUGUAUAUAAACUGGCUAAUACCGUCUGCCGACAGAUUAGUGCAGAAAGUCGGUUUAUGCUGUGUGAGUUUAGUGAGAACGUGUUACCGGAUGUAAUUAAUUCACCGAAGGCCCAAGGGAAGUACGAGCUCUUACUGCUCUUAGUGCAAGUGCAUCAUCCAGGCGGAGCUCACGAAAAGCAGGAAACAUCUUACGCCUACAACUGGGACAAAUGGAAGUCGAUACUGCAAGGGAUUAAAUCCCUUAUUUUUAGGGAUGUUACUCCAGAGUUGCUUCCGGAGGCGUUUGUUAAGCUCGCCAGUGAAGUAUUUAAACAGUUGACGCAUGAGAAUUUCUCUGGGGAUAUAAAGUGUUCCAUCGAUGAAGGACCAUCCAUUAAACGAAGACGUCUUUCGGAUGGACCGCAAAGAUUGGUCGAUCUGAUAUCCAGUUCCAACAUGGAUCAAGUUUGGCCGAUGGUGCAAAUAUUAUCCACAUUAUUAAAAAAUUAUCCAGAAUGUCUGAAGCCGCAUGAGGUCGAGUCAUUCAUGGUGGCUGUCACCAAAUUGUACUCAUCUCCCUGCAAGAGGAAAGAAAUGACGGAUAGCGUAUGCCAACUCAUCGAAGUACUUGUGCAAGUUGAAAGGACUUUUCCGGACGAUGUCACGAAGAGUGAUAAGAUAAAAGACUCGUGGAACACAAUUUGGGAUGUAACGUUAAGAAUGCUAAGCAUGAACCAGAACGAGAGCACCGUUCACAGGAUUCUGCAAAAGCUGAUAGAGGCAAACAAAGCGGUAAAUCCCAACGCGUUCCUGAACCUAUACUUGAAGAGCAUCAUCAAGUGGUCGUCCCUGAGCCUGAAGACUCUGAUUUCCUUCUGCGAGCACUCUAAAAUCCCUAGAAGAAUGAGCCAGGGCGACGGCGACCAAUCCUGCACCUCCAGCGAGCAGGAAUCCGUGAAGAGACUCCUCCUGGAGUGGGUCUUCAACAUCAGCUGGUCGAAAAUGAUAAUGCAGAACGCGGUGGACGAUUGUUCCUUCCUCCUGGUGGGCCUGACCCUGAAGACGUGGUCGAAGUCUCGGAAAUCGUCGUUAAAGAAGGGCCCUGUAAAGAAAAACGCGAGUUUCGACCUCGACUCGUCCGAUUUCAAGGUCGUAGAGAGGUGUUACCUGGCGAUGAACUUCGAGGUUGACCUGUAUGAUCUUGAGGAAGAGCGCCACGUGGAGGUCGCUGAGAAGAAGGGCGUCUCUUGCGUGAAGGAGGACGUAGAGUUUUUAAUUAGAACUAUCGUACACGUUGCUAGUGAGGACAGCGAUGAUAUCAGCGUACUCGUUAUUCGCGCCGCGCUUAUCGCGAAAAUUCUCCCGAAGAUGGCGGAACUUGAAGUGAUAAGGGAGAAGCAGAAGCCGAUUGUGAUGGAGGCCUUAAGGUCGGCCCUGGAGAAGGUCGCCACUUCCCUCGCGGCUAGUAAUUUGUUGACCAGCAAGUAUCGCUUCCCGUAUAUCAUGAAUAUCUUGAUAUCCCUGAAGACCCUUUAUAGCGGUGGAUACGACGAUGAAGUCGCCCAGGUCAUCGUCUCUGCCACCACGAAGAACAUGCUGAGGAACGUUUUCGACCUGGUCAACGUGGAGGAGAAUUAUUACGAGGACGAGGUGCGCACCGUUAACGUCAAUCUUGAGGAUUAUACGGAUUUUAGGAAUAGAAUGCAUUUGGAAGGCCAGCGGAGUGCAGGGAGCAAGACCUCCAGCAGGGAUCUCGUCAGGGCGGAGGUUGUCAAUGCCCUGAUUGGCUUCUGCUGUCUGACUCCGGAGAACGCGAUGACUGACCUACAGGAGAACUUGUUGAAGAACUUCCUUAAGAUCGACGUGUACGAGGACGCGUCUCUCUCCGACCUGAAGAUAGCGAUGUCGGUGUUGGAGGCCUUCGGGUCCUGUAAGGCUCAGGUCGUCUGUAAUUCGACGAUGACUCGCGCGUUCGAUCUUCUGCUGCACCUGUCGCGGUCAAAUUUCAAGGACGAAGAAUGUGCGAGGAAGAUCCUGAGCGUUCUCCCCCGAUACCUGGACCUUGCCCGAAACUUCGCCUUGCACCAGCAGGAACUCCUGGAGGUCCUAUGGACGAUUCGCGAGCGACUUCUCGCCAACAAUUACGGCCACGCGGUGUACGUCGAAUACAUAAAGUGCCUGAGCGAGUUGGCCAGGUUGGACCCGACCUUCACCUGGGCCAGGUGGUCCAACGAAGACGAAGAGAGCGUCCCGAUAGUCGAGGACAUGUUCACGUUCGUGGACAGUCCGUUCUACGUGGUGCGCCUGGAAGUCGCGCGCUCCGUUAAGGUCCUCUUCUCCAGGAGCACCAGUGUUCAGUGGCAGGCCUCCUUCCUGCAGAAACUGCUGAAGGCGACAAUGAACUCUUUCACGGUGAACAGGAAUUUGGAGGGCUGCGAGAAGGCUGACGAGAGGGCCUGUAGGGUGGCCAGCGCCUUACAUGUAUUUGCUACUGUUAUUUCCAGCAGCGACUUCUUUCAGGGCCGAGCUCUCAUCGCGAUGUACCACUUGGUCUUCGGCAAGGACGUGGAUUCGAAGACCGUCCGCAAGGUGUUGGAGGCUGUGGCUCGGUGCAGCGGCUCCCGGGACCUCGUCGAGGCGAACCUGAAGUAUCUUCUGGCGAACUGGAUGAAAUACCAAUACCCUCUGCAGGAGUUCCCGUGGUUCCUGACCCACUGCGCCAGUCAGGAGUCGUUCUUCAGGGAGUACCACCACGUGCUGGUCUCCAAAAUGAUAGAAAACGACGACCUCCCCAAUGCGAUCGCGUUCUGCAAGAAGCUGGACAUCCCUUGGGACGAGGCCUUGAAGAACUCCUUCUCCGGCAUCCUGACCUGGACACUUCCCCACGUCGUGGGAGACCCUGAAGAGUCUCCCGAGACGAAGUCCGCCACGCUUCUAUUCCAGAAGCUGAAGAACAAGGAGGAGGUCUUCCGGACCAUGAAGAGGUUCCAGGACCUCCUGGAGGAGAAGCUGGACGAAGUUCUCGUGGGCCUCGUUCUCUCCCUCCACGACGAAGAGUGCUUCGAAGAGAUGUUCCAGACGCGGGUACAGUUUGCCGAGGCGGAGCCGCCCUUCUUCAAAGUCGACGCCAUACAAGGGUGCUUCCGGUACCUCGAAGCCAACUUCCUCCCUUCCGGGGAGACAUUAGUCGGCUACUUAGCCAAGCGUCGUCAAGACGUCCUUCAGAAGGUCCUGACGACCCUGAUGAGCAGGGUCUACCGGACGAGGCACUUCGAGCGGAAGCUGAAGAGUUUCCACCAGUACGCGUUCUUCGGCAUCCUGGUCGCCGAGGAGCUGAGGAAGGCCAGCUUCGACGAGGCCGCUCCCUACGUCAUCAGGGACGUCGGCUAUACCUUGCUUCACCUGAUCAAGGAGGAGGUUCCACCUCUUCAGGAAUUCGCCCUGAAGAGCUUCCACAAACUUCUUCGCCAUUCCCUGCCGGAGCGACGAGCGGAGGUCGACAAGAUGAUGAGCUUCUCCGUCGCCGUGCUGACCCCGGUCGUCCUGAACGGCUGCUGUGUGCCCGUUGCCGUGGAGGUCCUCGAGUUCCUGAUUAUCGAGCAGAAGGAGCUGCUGAGCGGUGCCAUCGAGAGACUCGACUCCUUCCCGAACCAUCCCACCUUCGCCAGGAUCAGGGACGUCCACGGGAACCUGAAGUACAAGGCUGAAGAGACCUACACCCUGGACCAGGAGAUCCGGCACUUCCUGGACGCCGGCCAGAAGAUCUUCACCUGCAGCGAGGAGAGCCUUCUUCAUCUCAGGGAACAGCUCUCCACCAGGAAGGACGAACUCCGGGAGAUGUACGAACACCUUGAAGAGCUCCGCGGCUUCGCCGAGGACUGCUCUUCGAGUACUCUCCACAGGUUGACGCACAUGCUCGUCAGGUUGACCAGGUCGACCGAUAGAAUCGUCUCUUCGGAGGCUGCCAAGUGCCUCGGGGAACUUGGCCCUGCAGACCUGACCACCAUGAUCCUGCAACCCGAAGAGACCCUCGUCAAGGACACCAACGACCCCCUGGAGGUGCUGACCUAUAAGGUCCUCCUGAUGCUGGUGGAUUUCCUGGUGGACGCGGAUGUCGAGCUUCGCUGCGCCAGCGCCGAAGCCCUCUUCGAGGUCCUCGGCUCCCACUGGGGCAGGAAGAUGACCCGGAGGAACUACCUGAAGAACCUGGAGAGCGAGAUGCUGAACGAGCACACCUUGUGCUUCGAUUACAUUAGACCUUUCAUCACACCCGGGACUUCGUCCACCUACUCCCCGGCGGUCGAUGAGCUGAAGUUUAGCGAAUUCAUGAAUCCUCACAACGAGCUGUGGACGGUGGAGUCGAAUAGGUCUGACUCCCGCGCGUGGGUCACGGAGGUCACCUGCGGCAUCAUCGCCUGCUUCUCCGGCACCUGCUUGGACAACCUGAUCCCGGUCUGCAGACUUAGCGGGUCCUUCUGCAAGAUGCUGCUGCCUAGGCUGGUGCACCUCAUCGUCUGGGUGGACGACAAGUUCGCCGCUGCGGUCUGCAGGUGCAUCAACGGGUUCUUCGGGUUCCACUUCGACUCCGCCAUGGAGUCCCACCAGUCGACGUUCCUGGACACGCAGAGGAGGAGCACUUCGGUCAGCCACGAGUCGGUGCGCUGCAUGCUGGACGUGGUGAACUUCCUCAGGGUACAGUCGAGGGAGAACGUCAGGUUGGACCUGAAUUACCUGGACAUCGCGAAGGCGGGGUUGUACUGCUCGGCGUACUUCACCUCCGUCCUCUGCGUGGAGCUGUGGUGCCAGCCGUUCGUGGACAAGUCCCUGGGGAUGGUGGACGAGUCCGUCGUGGAUUUCGUGUGCAAGCAGGAACCCGAGAUGGGGAAGGUCGUCCAGGAUAUCCUGAUCGAGGCGUACGUCAGGAUCGGGGACCCGGAUGCCAUUCAUGGCUGUGGAUCCUGGAAUCUGUUCGACCUGGAUUCGCUGGUCCAGAGGAACGUGCAUCUGCGGAACUGGGACGAGGUCACGGCCGUCAUGGACGUUAAUCUGAGGAGGAGCAAGGACGGGAUGAGAACGAUGCUGACCGCGCUCCAACAAUCCGGGUACUAUCACCUGUUGAUGACGCUCAUCCACUCCGUGGGCAACGAAUGCGACGACCUUGACGACUUCGCCUAUGAAUCCCUGUGGAGACUCUCGGAUUGGAACGCCCUAGGACCAUUCUCCUCGAGAAGCAAGGACGAAGAGAGCAAGGACUUCUCGCAAUUGACUGACGAUAAUUCCCAUCUUCAUCAUUAUCAUGCCUUAAGGUGUUUCCACGAGAACGACACUCUCGGCUUGAAGAACUCUCUGGAACGUGCGCGCGCCGACGUCAUUAAGGCUCUUCGCAACGCUAGUUUAGAAAGCAGCAAGACGGUGUAUCCCAUGCUGUCGCGACUGCAAAUGCUGAGAGAAGUCGAAGAACUAUACUCGGCCACUCCUGACAACUAUCACGACGUCCUGGAGAAAUGGCGGAAGCACGACUUCGUCAGCAACAACGACUUCCAAUAUGUCGAGCCGAUCUUGGCCCAGAGAGCCGUCAUGUUCAAAGAGAAAGAUUCGUCCGACAUCGAUGCUCCGUUUUGUGAUGCACUGCUCGAUACCUAUCUAAAAAUCGCCAUUCUUGCAGAAGAACAAGGAUACUUGAAAGUUGCUACCAGGGCUCUAGCUACGCUAGCGACCCAAAACUUCCUAUCGGAAGAAGACAGAGACCAAGUGUUGUAUCGAAGAGGUUUACUAUCUUGGACUCAAGGUCAUCAGGACAUCGCCCGGCCCGUUUUGAGGAACCUGAUGAAUAAAAAAUCUCUGAAUCCGCGUCUUAGGGCGGAAGUUCUAAGAGUAUACGGAAAUUGGAUGGUAGAAAUGAAGUUGGAGAAUCCACGGGUAGUGAUAGACGAUUAUUUUCGGGAGUCCAUACGAGUCAGCCAGGAGAUAAGAAACCCGACGCCGAAGGACAUUAAGAACAGGAACGACUCUUACGCAGCUUUGGCGCAUUACGCGGACACGCGUUACCAACAAAUCACGGCGUACAUGAAGUCCCCGCAAUUUGAGAGCUUAAAAGAAUGCAUCGAAUACUCCCGCGACGUUGCGACGAAGCUGAGGUCGCGGAAAGAUAUGGACACCAAACGAGCAGUGAAUUUAAAUCAACAGCAGAGCAGGAACGAUAGCGCGGAAUUGGAGGACAUCAAGAAAGAGCGAAACGUUUAUCUACUCCUAGCCCUCGAGUCGUACUUAAAGGUUCUGCAGCAAAGCGACGACCACAACUUCCUGAUGUUCCGGCUGGUCUCCCUUUGGCUGGACAACAAAUACGAGGAAGGAGUGAACCAGCUCUUCCGAGAUAAUCUGCUCAAGAUCCCGUCCUUCAAGUUCCUGCCGUUGGUUCCUCAGCUGGCGUCUCGCGUAAGCAACGUCACCGACGUCUUCACCAAGAAGAUCAACGGCAUCCUGGAGAAGUGCGCCGUGGAUCAUCCGCACCACACUUUACCCGUUCUGCUGGCUUUGAUGAACUUGUACGAGGACCAUGAGUAUUACGAAAGCGGAAGCGAAAUCACUCCACAGCCCCGGGUCCGGGGCGCGAAGAAUCUCGUCGAGAAGUUGUUGAACACCGAUGUCAAGCCGAUUAUACAGGAGAUGAACACUUUGUCUCGCGCCCUGGUGAUGCUGGCCAAUUGGCAGCCGAAGAAAGAGACCGGGAGACAGAGUCGUAGCUGUAUACAAAAUAUUCCAAGUGUACAAAAGAUCCGGAAAAUAAGAAACUUGGUUAACGUCAACGUGCUGACGCGAGAGGUUCCUGUGAGGCCAAAUGGGAAUUACACCGACGUAGUCGGCGUCUACAAAUACAUGGACACUUACGAAGUCGUAGGGGGCAUAAACGCUCCAAAAAAGAUCACCUGUGUCGGCACUGACGGAAUUCCUAGUAGAGAACUAGUCAAAGGCAAAGACGACUUGAGGCAAGACGCGGUCAUGCAACAAGUGUUCACCGUCAUGAACUCUCUUUUAAAAGCCAGCAAGGAGGCCAACAAGAGGAAGUUGAACAUCAGGACGUACAAGGUGGUUCCAUUAAGCCAGAGAUCCGGAGUGCUGCAAUGGUGCGAUAAUACAGUACCGAUUGGAAGGGUUCUCAUUGGAGGAGUUGGCGAUAUUCCAGGGGUACAUCAGAAAUAUUAUCCGAACGAUUACAGUGCCUCGACCUGUAGAACAAAGAUGGCGGACGCAGCCAUGAAGUCAUACGAAGAGAAACUAAAGGUAUAUUUGGAGUGUUGCAAAAACAUGCAUCCGGCCUUCCACCAUUUCUUCACGGAAACAUAUCCAUCGCCAGAGACUUGGUUUGAAAGGCGAUUAGCUUUUACAAGGAGCGUGGCGACCACGUCCAUAAUAGGAUACAUCCUGGGCCUGGGAGAUAGACACGUACAGAACAUCCUGAUCGACAAAUCCACCGCCGAAGUUAUCCACAUCGAUUUUGGUAUAGCAUUCGAGCAGGGAAAGGUGCUUCCUACUCCUGAAACGGUGCCAUUCAGACUGACCAGAGACAUGGAAGUGGCCAUGGGAGCUUCCGGCGUGGACGGGAUCAUGAGGCGAUGUUGCGAAGAGACCAUGCGAGUCUUGCGCGACCGGAAGGAGAUCAUCAUUAUGCUCCUGCAGGUUCUGCUCUACGACCCCCUCUUCUCCUGGGCCAUUACUCCGGCGCAGGCUUAUAAUCGCCAGGGCGGCUCUACCGAGCGAUUCUCCGAAGACAGUGAUAAAGAUUCCACGGGGACGAACAAACUGGCGGAGAGAGCGCUUCUACGAGUGGAACAAAAGUUGCAAGGGACCGAGGAAGGUGUCGCUUCCAGCGUUGCUGGCCAAGUCGGAAGUCUGAUCGAACAAGCUCGAGAUCCUAGGAACCUUUGUCGCCUUUUCGCGGGGUGGCAGCCUUACUUAUAAACCAGUUAUUUUCUUUUAAGCUGACUUCUUAAGUUCCCUCUUAUAAAAGAAUAGGUCUUUAUCGUACUCGCUGUACCCGGCUUUCUACCCACGUUGUUGUGUACAGACAUUGCAGGGUCCUUACGCAUUAAGGUGAUGUACAAAUACCGUCAAAGAGGUCGCGUUUAUGAAACUUUUCUCCAAACUGGGUGCACCGAAUUAUCUGAAACUUGAACACGUGAUU